GAUUAAAUCUCCGGUUUAAUCCGGUUUGAUUAUCGGUUAAGUUCCGGUUUUCAUUUCUUCUCCAUCUUUAAGCAAGCUAUAAAAAUGGCGAAUAUAACCAUCGCAAAGCUUUCUCUCUCUUCUUCUUCUUCUUCUUCUUCUUCUUCCUCCUCUCUGCAUUUAAUUUUGGUUUGAAUACGACGCUUCGUCUUCUUCUUUCUCAAAGCUACGCUCCGAGGAAAACUUUAUACGUAUAUGUAUAUAAAAGAUUUGACUUUGUAAUCUGAAAGCGACGUUUUUUGUUGAGAGAGAUAGUUUUUUUUCCUUCUUUACCUAAAUCUGGAAAAUUUAAAGAAAGAGUUCUGAUUUUUGAUACUCCGCGAUUUCGUGAGAUUGCUUGCUUAUUAGAUACAGAGGUUUUACAUUAUUAUCAUCUGUUUCUUGAUUAAAAACAAAUGCCAGCAUUAGGUGAGAUACUUUUGGUUCCAGAAACUGAGAAAGGAAAGAGUAAAGACAUUGAGGUUUCAGAUGAUGAAAAGAUUACAAGAACUCGUUCUAGAUCUUUAAAGAAGAAAGCUAUUAAAGCUUCGAGUAAAUUGACACAUAGUUUAAGGAAAAGAGGGAAGCGUGUAGCUGAUAAAUAUGCACCAAUUGUGAUUGAGGAUGUGAGGGAUGAAGAAGAGGAGAAAGCAGUGAAUGUAUUUAGAAAAGCUUUGGUUUCUUUAGAUUUGCUUCCACCUCGGCACGAUGAUUAUCAUACCAUGUUGAGAUUCUUGAAGGCGAGGAGAUUUGAUCUUGACAAAACUGUUCAGAUGUGGGAAGAAAUGUUAAAGUGGAGGAAAGAGAAUGGAGUUGAUACUAUAAUGCAGGAUUUUGUUUAUGAUGAAUUUGAAGAAGUACAACAAUACUAUCCACAUGGUUAUCAUGGUGUAGAUAGAGAGGGACGACCUGUUUACAUUGAACGGCUUGGUAAAAUUGACCCCGGCAAGCUAAUGAAGGUUACCACAUUGGAGCGUUUCUUGAGAUAUCAUGUACAGGGUUUUGAAAAGACUUUUUCGGAGAAGUUUCCAGCCUGUUCGAUCGCAGCAAAGAGGCACAUAAAUUCUUCGACAACCAUAAUAGAUGUGCAUGGAGUGAGUUGGAUGAGCUUUAGAAAAUUAGCUCAGGACCUUGUAAUGCGAAUGCAAAAAAUUGAUGGUGACAACUAUCCUGAGACAUUGAAUCAGAUGUACAUUAUUAAUGCUGGAAACGGAUUCAAGCUUGUUUGGAACACCGUGAAAGGCUUUCUCGACCCGAAAACUACUUCUAAGAUACAUGUUUUGGGAAACAAAUAUCGCAGUCACCUUCUUGAGAUUAUAGAUCCAAGUGAGCUUCCAGAGUUUAUGGGAGGAAAUUGUACCUGUGCAAAUGAAGGUGGGUGUAUGCGAUUCAACAAGGGGCCUUGGAAUGACCCGGAGAUAAUGAAACUAGUGCGCUCGAGAGAUGCAAUGUACAAAACAAAAGCAAUAGGGCUCCUGGAGAAUGGGGAAGUAGCUAAAUUAUUUGCGUUACCGCAUGUGAACACAGAGAUGUUAUCACCUGAUGGAGGCCAAGUUAGGGAGAGAGAGUCACAUUCUGAACAGGACAAACGCGCUCAGCUGAGCAAUCAAGCUGAAGCAGUUGGUGUUGGGAGAAUGGAACAGUCUGAUUCAACAAAUCCAUUACCGAAUAAUCUGACAGUAGAAAGGAGUUUAAAGACCUCUCUUCAGAAAGUUGCAAGUUUGUUGGCUCGGUUUAUUGUCCAACUUCUUGGCAAUCUAUUUCUCAUGUUCCGGAUCUUGGGAAGACUUGUAAAUAAGCAACCAGAGAACCAAUUGAGACCGGAGUUAAGGGUUUCGGUCUCCCAGCAACAAGUUCCUCCUCCUCAGGUGCAAAGAGAGUCUGUCCAUCCAUGUUGGCUGAGGUUGCAAAAUCUAGAAACCAUGGUCACAGUUUUAUGUGAUAAACCCUCAAGCAUUCCUCAAGAUAAAGAAGAUAUACUUCGUGAUUCAUUAGAUCGCAUCAAAUCCAUUGAGCAAGAUUUACAGAAGACAAAGACGGCGCUUUUUUUGACCGCGUCAAAACAAAUAGAACUCGCUGAGUGUUUGGAAAACUUAAAGGAAAGCAGCUCAACGGGAAUGCGUUCAUGCUGGCCAAGACACUGCAGAAACUUCCAAGCAGAAACCUAAUUUGCAGAAUAAAUGUAUCUUCGGAUCUCAUAUUCGAAGUCUGCAUAGCUACUAAUUCACCCUCCAACCAUAUAGCAGAUGGUAUAUAUUAAAGGCAACAUGGUAACAGGAAGUGAAAUUGAAGAGGGAGAGCUUACAAUUGUUAAGUAGCAAGCAAGCUUUGUUUAUUUACCAGGCUCUUUAGGUUAGAAAACAGAGGAAUUAGUGAACUAUUUGGGAUUUUACUUUUUUUUGUUCAUAACGAUUUUAUUGCACAUCAUUGUUGUAUAGUAUAAUCCAAUAGUGGUGAUUUUACAGUAUUGUGUAUUUCUUACUUACAAUCACAAUUUACAAAUAUAAUUA